AUGCUAUCCCUCCCGGCCAACUGGGCUUUUCGAAGCAGUGUGCGGUGCUGGCGACGCCGGGCUGUGCUACGAGUGGCUCUGAAGGCCUCGGACAUCGACGGUGCCCGUUGGUACUCGACCCCAAUUCGCGGGGGUGUCACGAGCAUGGAGGAGAUACUGGCCAGGGUCGUUGCACCUUUACCCACGUACGAGACCAGAGACAAGUACCCUCCUCCCCCCGAAUCGAACAGCUUGGAGUUCAUGCACUUCUACGGAAGUCUCGAGAAGGAAGAGAAACUCGAGUUCUUGACGAAGCUGUCGCACGACUUCGGGGUGGACCACAAAGGCAUUUCCGAGCUCGCCUUGAGGCUGUUGGACGCUCAGCUGCGAGAUUUGGCGACCGUUCUGCAAGUCGAAGACAGGCUGCGAUAUGGCCUGACGCCCCGUUAUAAGCAGCUGCUCAACCACAUAAGCAGGGUCGAAGGUGGUGUGAAGUUUCUGGUGGAUCUCCGAGCCGAUUUGCUGGAAAUGAUCUCAUCCAAAGCUAGCGAGACCCCGCAAAUAAGGGACCUGAACGGCACGCUGAAGAGCCUUCUGUCCGAGUGGUUCUCUGUGGGUCUGCUUCGACUGGAGAGAAUCACCUGGCAGUCCCCCUGCGACAUCCUACAGAGGGUCAGCCAGUAUGAGGCCGUGCACCCUAUAAGGAACUGGACGGACCUGAAGCGCAGAGUUGGGCCGUACCGCCGCUGUUAUGCCUUCACCCAUGCCGCCAUGCCGGGAGAACCCCUGGUUGUGCUACACGUGGCCCUCACUGAAGACAUCUCUGAUAACAUUCAGAGUAUCGUCCGUGAGUUCGCCACUCUCGACUCCGAGGAGGACGUGAAUAAGAUCAAUGCGGCCAUCUUCUACUCCAUCUCCUCCACCCAAGCUGGCCUUCAAGGGGUGGAGCUCGGCAAUUACCUCAUCAAGAGGGUGGUCCGGGAACUACAGAGCGAGUUCCCUCACAUGGCCCAGUUCUCCAGCCUGUCUCCGAUCCCGGGCUUCUCCUCGUGGCUCCAAGGUCAGCUCGGGCAGUGCAAGAAGGAAGGCCGGGGCUCCGACCUCCUGUCCGAGCACGAGUGGGAGCAGGUGCAACAGGCCGUGGACUCGGCGCCGGGGUCGGCGGCCAUCGAGGCCCUCCGCAAGCUCAUCGCCACCGGUGAGUGGACGCGCUCCGCGAGCCUGACCCGCGUCCUGGAGCCCGUCCUGAUGCGCCUCUGCGCCUGGUACCUGUACGGGGAGAAGAGGCGCGGCUACGCUCUCAACCCGGUGGCCAACUUCCACCUGCAAAACGGCGCCACCAUGUGGCGGCUCAACUGGAGCGCCGACACCAGCCCCAGGGGCGUGGCGAACGCCUGCGGCAUCAUGGUGAACUAUCGUUACUUCCUGAACGAGACGACCAAAAACAGCGCCCUGUACCUGCAGAACAAGGCCAUCACGGCGUCGGAGCAGGUGGUGGGGCUGGUGUCCCAAUUUCAGAAGAGCAGCAAACUUUGACAGCGAGACGAUGACAAACCCACAAACGCAUACCGGUUCGGGUUAGUUCGGCGCGUGACACCAUUUAUACGUUAACUGGCUGACUUGAUUGUAUAGUAUUUGACAGAGACACCGCUCGAUGGAUGUCCGCCGGUAUUACUUUAGAAUUGAGAUUGGCCAAUUGGUCACAUGACGCGUCUGUGUGUAGUGCGUAGGGUGGGCUUCUUGCCUCAUCGGGUUUCUGGGUGAAUUUGUUUGAUAUUGUGUAAGUGCCUCUCAGGCUGAGAGACUGCGGCUAAUGAAGCACGAGGCAUCUAUCAAUGCUUUUCCAUGUUCUUGGAUAACUGUGCGCGCGUGCGUGCGUGUGUGUGUGUGUGUGUAAUGGUGAAGCAAUGAGGGAGUGCAACUACUGGAAUAAAUGAUGUUUAGAGUCUUUCAUUUGUCUGCACCGUUUCCCUGCAAAUAUGUUGAUGAAUGGAAGAGAGUUGGAUCGCGUCUGUUUUUCCUAGAGGACUGUUUUUAAAUUGGGUUAAUCAUUCUCACUACAGCAUACUACACAAAAUACAUUGGAUCAAAGAGUAGAAUUGUUAUUUUAUUGGACAUAACUCGAAACAAAAUGGAUUUCUUUUUGUCGAUGGGUGCUCAUGCUGAUUUACUGGACUAAACCCUCCUGCUGCAUCAUUCAUGGGAUUUUCUUUUGAGUAUUCAGCACACACACACACACACACACACACACACACCUCCAGAAAGCCAUCGUAGAUGUUCGAACUGUGCCGUACAGGUGCCAAGCAGGGCUCAUACCAGCCCACUCUAUUGUUAAUAAUAUAUCACAGCAAGUUGACUGUGAAAUUACAUUUUAUCUCUCCAAGGAGAAAAACUUUCGUUUUUGUCACACCAUCUGCAGCCGCCCACCCAGUCUCACCCCUAUUCUUUUUCUCCCUCAUUGUGCAACUCUGUGUCUUAGAAACUAAUGGAGUGGGAAAUAAAGUUAAAGUAAAUGGUUAGAUUGAUGAUGUUCAGUUGCCAUGGGAGGAGGGGAGGAGGGAAGAGGAUAAAGAGGGCCGUGGUUUAAGGGUGCCCUUGAUAGAUGGUACAAGUGUCUACAGAGAUAUUGGAGACAUUAUGAGAAGCGUGCAUGUGCGUGCGGACACAGAAGAAAGACACUGUCACGCCAUCUCCCUUUAGAUUACGCUGUAUGUUUAUAUGGGUUGCCAGGGAAACGACUGACGUAUUCCACGCUGGCUCCUGGCUUUUUUGUUUUGUUUUUGUUGGAGUAACCGCUUCCUGGUGAGUGAGUGCAGAGCGGUAUGGGUUACAAGUCCACCGGCUUUUUAAAAUGACAUUUUUAAAAUGUAUCAUACAGUGAAAGUAAUUACUUUUCGGUCCGUAGUAGUCAGUCGGGUGUUUCCCAUUGGAGGAAUUAGAAGAGAAACGCCUCACAAACUUCAGAUAGGAUAAAUGAAAUAAUCCCAACCCCUUCAGUUGAUGCUUAAAAAGGACGUUCCACUUUUCACGCGUUAAAGAGUUAAUUUGAAAAUAGCUUUUCAAAUGAAUGGAAUCUGAAUCUGUUCUCAAAUGGCAGUGAAAUUGGAUAGCCAUGUUUGAGCUUUUUGUAGACAAAUGUCCCGGCACGUAUUCUGAUCACUGACAGUUGUCAUAUGGGCUCAAUGUGUGCUUAGACCAGGCUUCAUUUGGGUCUAAUCAGAUUGCAGUUUUGUCCCAUUUCCAGCCCAGCACAUGUUAAUAAUGAAUUCACAGCCAAGUUCAAUAUUUUACUGCUACAUUGUCAGACAUGGCAAUACUUUCCAAAAAGCACCAUAAGACCUGAUUACAAUUGAUUAGAAAGUGUGGGCUGUGAAAAUUCAUGCCUCAGCUAAAAAUAAUUCAGUAAUUCAGACAAUCCAUUUUUUCCUUUUUUUUUUUUUAAACAUGAGAGGAUGUGGUGUAUUUAAUAUCUUAUACCUCAUUUGUAGGAAAUUGCCUUACAAAUGAAGCUAAUCCAUUUUUUACAGAUCACAGUGGCAAGACAAGUAGAGCGGUGGCCAUGGUGCUUUCAUUUUCUAAUUCAUUCUGAUAAGAUCUGAGAUACAAAACCCUUUUUUAUUCAUCUACACGGCCAUUUUAAAGCACAACUAUAGAACCGGAUUGUAACACUGAUAAACUUUGAAAUGUUGUAUUUUAUAACAACAUGUGAGAACGUAAAACCAAAGAAAAUAAUUUCAAAAAUGUUAUUUCAAUUGAUUUGAAAUACUUUCAUGAUUUUUAUUUAGAAAUAAUUUCUAUACAAAAUUGGUAUUUCUCCCAAAUCACCUUCAACUGCAGGUACUUCAUUGAAGCACUUUUAACUUAUAAAAGAGAAAAAAUAAUCCGCCCUGGUACUGAACACAAACCUAUUGCAGCAGUUCUUAGCUGUGCCACCGAGGAAAACAAUCGUGCCGCAUCAGAUUCAUUCGAUUACAGGUAUCAAAGGCAACAAUGGCUGAAAGAAAUGUCACAAAGCACAACAAAAAAUGAGAUAUUAAUUACUGAACCUUCCAGCUGAAUUUUCUUGGAAAUAUCAAACCUCAAACACCAAACCUCAGCUAUGCUUACAAAUGAUUCCUUUGACAUCAACAGCUCCCUUAAGCUUUAUAUAUUUAAAAAAGGUACAAGGCUGGGGAAACUUUUAUUGUUACUAAGUAUUUAACACUCAAAAAUGUUAAUCUGUUUCAUCAGGAUUGAGUAGUUCAAGACACAUCUGUCGUUACAUUUUAACUUGAACGUUGCUCAAUUACGAUUUGUAAUCAAAAGUAUGUGACAUCACCUUUUUCCCCACCAGAGUCCGGCCCACUCGGAACCCGAAAGAAGCUUUAAAAAAAAAGAAAAGAAAAGAGAAGUCUCUCAUGUGUAGAUAACAAAGACGGCUUCAACUUUGACAGAUGGUUUUAGGAUUCAAUCCCUCACAGUCAAAAGAUUAUUGAAAUAAGAUUACUGGUUAAACGUGAAUAAAUGAAUAAAUAGAUGCAAGUACAGUAGCAUGUCAAGCACUGCUUUGCCUUAACAGCCUUAAAGAUGUUGACCCUUUCAGGUCCACGUGCGUAAAAUACAUUAACUAGUAGUCAGAUCUGGGGUCAUGUACCAUGAUUUUUAAAAUGUGGCCAUUUCAACAUCACCGUGUUCUACAUUUUAGAGCCGUUGACAGUUUAAAUGUUUAAAGCUCGCCGACUCGUCGGUGUGUAAAAAAAACAGACGUGUGUGUUUUUGAUUGUCUGACCUUCAUAAAAGGUCUGUACGAGUUUGGGAGCGGCGCCUCACGUCGCCUCUGAACAUGUGUACGGUAAGCCGGUGGCUGAUGGUGCUUGGAGCUAAUGCUGCUAACAGCUGAUGGUGCUAACUAUGGCAAAAGUGCCCACGGCCCUAACAAAGCCCACUAGUUGGCGGGGACGACAUUAUUGGUUGCACACGCACACGACACUUCAGUCUCUAAUAAAAUGUUGUUAAAUGCUGCUCCUUUAACCGACUACUGAAGUCGGGAAAGUGUAUCUUCUGUGUUAAUAUGCAAGAGUCCGUAUGUGGCUCAAAGAGCGGCUCACUUAUUGUAUUCUUUCAUUCGGCCAUUAGCUCAGGUUGAAGGAUGUGUCUGCUGAAAUUUUAUAGGGUGUGGCACACUUUCUCGUGACAUUUGGGGGGAAAUAAAUCCAUCCCGCUUCUUUGGCUUGAGUAAUUUUUUAAGAUGAGGACAUUUUCUAAAUGUCAUUGUGUGGUCUAUUCAGAGCAGUGUUGGCGGGUAAGGGAUGAUGUGUAGAAAGUGGGAUUUUUCUGUUCCAACUGAAGGGAGAGGGGGAAAAAAAACAGGUCUUACCUGUAGGCCACUGACUUAUCUUUGUGUGUGUGUGUGUGUGUGUGUGUGUGUUUGUUUGUGUGAUGAGUGAGCGCACAAUUCAUCCAAGUGUGUUAAUCCAUUCUGGUUGCUGUCGCCGGCCCUCUUUCAUGCUUCUCACCUCAGAUCACCACCAUUCUCCACCUUCUCCGCCCAUUGGUAACCCGACCCUGCCCCCCUCAUCCAAUACCUUGGUCUGUCUUCAAAGGGCUUCACGGCUUCAGGAGAAAUACACACACCCGGAAACACACACACACACACACACACACACACACACACACACACACACACACACACACACACACACACACACACACACACAUACAAAUGUGAAUAGCCACACACAGCGACACACACUGCCUUUAAGGAUCGGCCCACACUGCAAGAUGUAACCUUUAGAGGGCAGCAGAGUUUCACUCAGGGUGAAUUAGCACACACACACACACACAGUAGUUGCAAGGAUGCUUCCCUAAUGUGGUGGCUGGGCCCGCACACACACACACACACACACACACACACAAACACAUUCCUUGCUUUUCUUAAUUCCCAUACCUUCUUACAUUCCCUGAGCUGUAUUUGCUGUCAUUCCUUCCAGCUCACCCCACCCACCCAUUGCGUCCCAGAUGAGGAGCGAGUUGGAGAUUGACAGAUCUGCUAUAUCUAGUUAUAGGCCGUAAUUAAAACUAAUUUGUCUUGCUGAUGACAUUUUCCGCACACUCCUUCAUCCAUUGCAAUCAGCCAAGUAUUAGCUGACCUGACGUCUUGUAUCAGAAUAGGUUAUUGAAUGAAAAGGAGGUAAACAGGCUUAGCAACGGUGGCAUCACCCGAGGGGAAAGCCACUGCAGGCAUUAUACAGCUGCCAGACUGAUUGAAAUGAGAGUGUGAAAACCUCUCUGAGUAUGAGAGAGAAAGUGACAGGGACAAACAUGAGUGCUUGCAUUCAUAAUUCUAACAUUUCCCUGGAUCAGUGACAGAUUUUUCAGGAAGACAUUGAACAGAAGAUAAAGCGAGAUAUGCGCACAAGUUGACUCUGAGUUUGAUGAUGAUCAGCUAAAUAGAGGAGGUGAUGAUCACUCACAAAUCACCUUUCCUUUUGUCCUGUGCAAUGGAUAUCUGGACAAACUGGGCAUGUGUGUUAUCUGGAGACACGUUUCUGUCGAUCCUGCUGGUGAAAUGAAGUGCCUCCUACUGUGCACGAGUCAAAUCGCUCUUUUGAGAGUCGGGAAACAAACCAGAUCUUCUUACCUACAUUGUUUGUACUUGUCAUUCUUCUCCUCUGAGUAGAAAGGCAUCUUUAAGGGCUGUAAUAUUUGCAACACAAUGGCGCUUUCAUUGGCCCGUUUCAAUUAUACAUAAAUAUUGUUGUUUAAAUGAUUCCCAUUACAGAUGAAUACUGUCCCACAAUGAAACCAAAACACCAGUAUGGGCAUACUGUUUGAGAAAUGACUAUAACAUAUGUCAACCAAUGAUGAAAAGUCAAGGGUUACAGAGCUAUGAGGUAUAAUCUGUGGAAACAGUGUCCGCACAAAAUGUACUGUUAAUCCAUGCAAUACAUCGGCAUGGAUCAAAGUCCUGUACGGAUUGACUGACCUGAAACAAAAGAUGCAGAAAAGGCAAAAAUAUUCUGACUUGUAAUAUUUGUCUCUAAAAACAUUGGCUCUGUAACUGCAGACCUCCCCUGCCUGGUGCUUACAUCUUUGGAAGUUUGUGAGCUUUUGACAAAGCACUUUCACAGCUACAGAAGAUGUUUCAUUAUUAAUUAGCAGUGUCUUGAAAGCUGAUAAAGAUCAAAAUCACAUGUCUCUCAUACAUAAUAGUGAAAUAAUCAUACGGCAAUGAAGUUUGUGAAGUCAUGCUACCAAUUUAUGUUUGAUAUAAAGCUCGCAGGUGUGAUAUUAAAAUGCAAUAUGGUAUUUUAUUCAUUCAUUUCAAUGAAUUUCAACUUGUGUCUUUGAAAGAUUCCUUCAUCUGAUGAAACAUACAACUCAUACAGGGAGAGAGAGAGAGAGAGAGAGAGAGAGAGAGACUUCAUACUUUUCCUCUCUUCCGCUGUCAAGCUGGGUAAUAAGUCAAUGGCUUUUCCUGUCAACACGCUUCGUCUUUUACAGUCACUGCGUGCGUCCCAGCGACCCAUUAAGGCUGCAGACCUCCUCUACACUUUCAGUUUCACUUACGCGUCUAGAGUUGUCUUCGAAAGCCCCCCCCCCCUUCCUCCCCAGAUCAGAACACACCACCCUCUCGCUCCGUGUCUUGCCCUCCCUUCUUCCAGCGCUGCAUAUUUAGAGAGUGCGGGGUCGCACUUCAUGAAGCUGUGAGCCUCAUUUAAAUAGAUGCAGCAGCUGGGCCGACACGCUGGCCUCGCCUUGUGAAUCCACGCUCCUCUCGCACCAGGAGAGAGGGAGAGAGAGAGAGAGAGCAGAAGCCGACAACGGUGUAACAAAUUGCGUUUUCUUAUUUUCACCCCGUUGAUUUAUUCGUUCUUUCUACUGCACCGCCACAAAAAUCCACAGCCCACUAACCCGGCACCCGUCGGCCACACCCCCAUCCCGUUUGCCAUCCAGCUCCAUCCUGUGGAGCAGAAGGCCCGUGGCCGUGGUAAUGAGGGGGGUUAAUUGGCCUCGCUGUGUCUUUAGGAGGCUGGAUAGUGACGACAGCGGUCGUCUCUGGAUGCUUACCCUCUGCUCUUUUCACAUAAUCGGAAAUCCUCCCCAAGCAGUCCUCUUUGGCUGGGCGGCUUUCACGUGGAAAAUUUCACACACACACACCUUUCAAGCUAUUCAAUUACUCAGGGAUCUCACUCAGGGAUACUGCAUUCCAUCCGUAAGCCGAGUUGAUUUGCAUUUCCAGGCAAUGAUAGCACAAGUUAGAGGGAAAAGAGAGGCGACAAAAUGCUGAGGUGAUGGAUCACCUGUCUCUGGCAAUAUUCAAGACUCUGCAAGGUGCGGAUGCAACGGAGAAUAAUGUUUACGUGCUUACUAACAUUCUAGUCUGGGAUCCGAUUGGGGUUAUAAUGUGAACAUGAAGCUACUUCAUAUACCUGCAGACCAACAGUGACCAUGUUUCUGGUACCUCAGCCAGUGAGGUGGACCUCAGUCUGGUUGCUAGAGUAGAUCUGGACUGGUCCGGACCAUGUGGUCUUCAGAUGUGGUAGUAAAGUAGAAAAGUAGUGCAGUGUGAGUGUGUUUCUUGGGCAGAAAGGGGGGUGUGUUCAGUGCAAUCCAGUAAUCCUCAUCUGUCUUUUUCUUCCUAUUUAUCCUAACUUUCAUCAGCAUCCUUUCUAUUUCCGCUCAGCCACUCCCUCCUUUCUAGUCCCUUCAUCCAUCUUGACUCUGCAGUCAGAUGGGUCUCUCCAGGUGACCGAUGAGCAGGGCCAUCGAUCACUAUAAUCUCAGCCUUUUACAGUUAAUGAAAUCCCUGUUGGCUCACUCGGUAAGCACACUGUUGGGUGCACUUUCACAAACGCACACAUCCACCCACACACAGUAUGGAAGUCGAGUGUUUGUGGGUACUUGAUUAAAUCAAUAGUAGUACAGAGACAUGGAUAAGCAGACAGAUGGAUGCAUUCAGCGGAUCAUUACCUUGUGUUCCAUUCACCACUGCUGCUCAUUCCCCAAUAAUGCAUCUUUUAGCUUUUUCUUCUAGACUAUUUGCCCCCCGUCUCACUGUGCCUCUCUGCGUGCUUUUGACCAUGCCGUCAUCAGAGAAGCUUUUAUUUAGGGGCAAGGUGUUCGGGUGAGCCUUGACAGAGCGGCAGUGUCAAGAUUCAUGAGGCGUGGCCCCACCAUGAGCGACAGAAAAAAUAUAUAUACAUAGUUGUUUAUUAUACUAAAAAUACAUUUUAGAAAUAGUCAUUAUUUGUGCUUUUGAAACGUGGAUUAUAUGCCCGGUAAUAUUUGUAAAUUAAGAUAUUGGGACGUUUAGCUAACUAGUUAGCUACAUGCUAACGGCGUAUACUCACGCACCUCGGGCAUGACGUCGCCGUGUUUAAGUUUAACGUCGCUACCCAGCUGCGACGCACGCAGGACUGCGGUGAGGACACACAAGCAGAACGUGGAUGAAAGAAGGCGCAUUUUAUCCAAAUUAAUUCACCAUGUGAAGUUUUGAGUUGGUUUUUCCUCUCACAUAGAGAUAAACUAAAAUAGAUUUUAUAUUAAUAUAUUUUUUAGAUGAUAGUUAUAUCUUAUUCUAAAUUGUUUGAAUAAUAUGUCCUCAUUAUGCUAAACUGUUGGAAUAAAUGUUAAAUAUUUAACUGGAUGGUAUUGAGGUUUGAUACCCUUUUUUGCAUUGAAUGAUACUGGGAUGUUUACUGAAACUGAUUAGCUGGCCCUACCAAAAAAAUAAAAAAUUCCACCAGCCGGCACUGCAAGCACACCACAAGGUUCUCCUUUAAUGAACAAAUGCAACAAACAAGAUGCACACAGAAAGGACAACUAAAUUCACUCUCUGGAGUCUGGAGAAAGCUGUUGCUAAGAGCACACAACCUCAAGUGGUGUAUUUAUGACCUUGGUUGCUCUAAAGAAAUUGGACACACACACACACACACACACACACACACCGUAUGUAGGAUGAAAGUUAUCCCUUAGUUUAAUAAGCAAAUGAUGGAUGAGAGAAUCAUUAUAAGAUGCCUUUGAAAUAUUGCACAUAUCGCUUUGGAAUUUUAGAAUGUAACACCGGCUAAAAAUGAUAUAUCUUUUAGUAGUGAAUAUUGUUAAUUCAUACACAACAAAUUGAUGUUAAUGUUUGGAAAAAGAUUCCCACCGGGUCGUUCAUCUUAUUCACCAUAUGCUUUGCAUCACAUUAUUGGGUUAUUUGCCAACCAUUUGCAGGAAUAUGGGCUGAUCACUGCAUGCAUAAAAAAAUAAGGAAACUUUCAAAUUUAAGGAAACUGUUGGCACUAAAUACGUGAACAUCAAGUCCGUGCUGGUGGAGGAUUUUGGAGGCAAGAAGGCUUCCAUCCAGAAGCUUUCCCUGCAGAGCGCUAGCUAAUAUGGAGUUCAGGAAGCCACAAGCCCCCCACCUGCUGCUAUAUAUAUGCUGCAGAGUAGAACAAUAAUACACAUGUACAUAAAGUUACCAGUAUCACAUGAUAGAGGGCACGUUUCCUGAUCACCGUUACAUGCACAUUACAUUUAGCUGCCGCUUUAAUCCACAGCAACUUUCAAUAUUAGUCCCCUUGGGGAAAUUUGUGCGCUUUACCCAUCCCACAAAGUGGGAGCAGUGUGCUGCUGUAAAGGCAGCCAAGGCAGUUUAGGGUUGGGAUUCAAACCGCCAACCCCUACGCCACGCGUCACCGUCGCCCUGUACGGGAAUAAACGGACAGUCUUGCACUUCAAGCACCUCACCUGGUGAUUACCCGUUAGUAGAAUUACUACCAAGGCUAAUUGAGGAAUUGGAAGGGGCAUGGCACUGAACUAGCUGAAUUGGAUGGAUGAGACGAAGUUGGCAGCAGCGGAGUGGAGGCCUUGAAGUGGACUGAACGCAUCCCUGGUUCAGACCCGACGCACAGCGAUUAUGCUUUAAUUAAUGAAUUCUGUGACCUUCUCUAUCUCUACGGCCUUUCAGGCACAUUGGCCCACGGCAAAUAAAACACCUUAAAUGGAGCUGUGCAGCGAGAGCCGCAGCCCUCCGUGUGCACGUGGGUGUCGUCUGUGGGCGUGCCGCGGUGUUGGAGACGGGGAGACACAUUGUCCGCCGCGGCAGGUGCCGAGAUGGAUUUAUUGUUCACACAGAUGGCACCUUUAGUUUGGAACUGGGGGCUAAAGUUAGCAUUGCAUUGCAGCACCAAUGCUAGAUGCUAAUUAGUUUCUUAGACGCAACAAUAACGGGGACCACAGCUGAGGUCCAUCCCACCUGUUUUUCAUAAUGCAAGUGUAUCUUGUAAAAGUGACAGAAGAUCUAUAUAAUCAAAACUAUCAUCUUAUUAUUUUGUUUGGUCAGUCACUCAAUUUUUGGUAUGGUUAGUGUAAUAUAAGAUGAACCCUGAGUAAAAUAAAUAUGUCUUCUACACAGCAGCACGACGGUGCAUACAUGUGCUGACUGCAGUGCAGCUCCUCCACCAUGAAGUCUGCCACAUUCUGUAGUUCGCUCUGAUUUCAUCCUUAUCAGACAGGGCCUUAAAAGGUGGCCACUGCUGUCAGGGAAGUGACAAAUUAUUCAUGAUUCUGCUGCCACAUACCGAGGGGGAUGGGGAUAUUUUCGAGUAGCUACUUAGAAUCACAUUCUGUUAACUUGUUAGAAUGUUAACUUGUGUAUAAUUCCCAAUUUCUAUUGAUGUAUUUGCACUUAAUCUUGCUAAAUUCUACAAGGCAAAUAAAUUAAAUUAAAACUUUUUCCUUGGCCCCAUUUGCCUUUGUAAGAAAAUGUUCUAUUUUGUCUUUAUUAUUUUGUCAGAAUGCACCAGAAUGCUUCGUUUGUAUGUGAAAAAAAAACUUUAUUUAGCCCCCCCUACAAUAAAAUUCACCAGCCGCCACUGACAACACUUAAACAAUCAUUACCGUAAAUUAGUCCUUGUCAUGAAGACUGAGGUGCAGAAAAAUAGCUCUAACAGUUGACUACAUUUUAGGGUUUUUUAAAACCUGAAUUUGAAUGAAGUUAGACCUUGUAACACUGAACACACACACGCACACAGUAGGUUUUUGUCCAUGCCUUUUUUUCUCAAAAUGUUCUUAAACUCACAGGAACAAAGAUAUGCAUGAAAGUGUUGGCGCAGCCUUGAAAUGGAAGACCAAAGGAACAUUAAUGGAUCCAUCAAGGCGCUCGCCGUCUUCUUUCCGACCACAGAGACAUCACUAUUCUACCGCGACAGCUUGACCAAUCUCAGGCAAAGCAGGGGAAUAAACACGUCUGCAGGAGAGACGGGAGGAGAAUGGAGUAGCUGGGAGAGGGGAAGCGGAACAACAUCAGAGAAAAUGCAUACAAUCUUGGAAAGCGUAGUGGUUUGCGCAGGAUAAGCCUCUGGGUAAAGGGACUGUAUCUCUGGGGAUUCUCGGGUGGCCAGAAGAUAUUUGGCCAAAGACUUUGUUUUCAGUGCGCUGCUUAAUUGGUAAAGGUCCAAUAAGAAAUUUGAGAUGCAAAACUGGAGUUGAAGUUGAAAGACAACAUACCCAACCGGAUUAUUUCACAUGUAGCCAGUGACAAGCUAAUUUUAGAAAAUCAUCAUGGGAAAAUAACAGGUGGGCUUCCAGACUCUAAUCCCGCCUCUGUUCACUGUUCAAAAGGUAUUUGGAAACACCACAGGGACACAUGGAAUGUUCAUAGAUAUCAUAAGAUAAAUGAAUAAGUGUUUAUGGGCAAGUUCGCUUUACAUAUUUAAUAUUAUAACACGGGUAGAUGAAAUCCAGCGUUCUCAUUGGUUGAGAGCGAGGCACGGGGGGGCAAUAAGGUACGAGAGGCUGUACUUUAUCGUCCAAAAUAAUUUUGCCUGAUACUUUUCAAAUGUGUCUUUUCUCUCUGCUUCCACCUCCUUUGCAGCCCACUUGCAUGGUUCUUUUACUUCAGUAAAGCAUAUGAAGAAAACAACAAACAAUUACUUUUAAGGAUAUGCCUUGUUUAGCAACUAUUUUUUUUACCAAAGUCAUGGACAAAUCUGUCCAGUGUUUUAAUUAUUUACUUUAUUUAACAGCGUCUUGCUUGUGCAAAAAGACGCCUUUGUUAAAUUGGACAACUGUAGAACAUCCUUCUUCAAUUGCUACUUUAGGGAAACAUGGUGAUCCGUUUGUCCACAUAUAUGGACUGAAAUGAUUCGUCUUUCUCCAACUACAACAAAAGAAAACAGCCAGCAACAAUCAAAACGUUGUGUUCUCACUGAUAGAUCCAGUUACUCAAUGGUGAAUCUUUAUAGAAUCAGUUCAAGGAGGAAAUUCCUGCCUCUGGAUGAAGAAGUAGUGUCAAUAGAAAUGAGAAGUCGGGCGCUAAAUGAGUCGUUAUGAGGUCCAUGCAAGACAUCUAACAUUAGCAUAUUAAAUCAUGCUGGCUGCCUUCGACUCAAGGCCUCUGUCAGAGUUUGAGGGGGGAAGCAGAAUAUACACAGCGUGUACACUUCAUGCCUCAACUAUUCCCUCUCCUCUGUCUGACACUAGCACAGCCAUUAGCAAACUAUUGAGCUGUAACAAAAUGGCAAAAUCAUGAUGGCAUCAAAUCAAGCUCUGGAAACAAUGUGUGGGAUCGUACUGAUGCUUUCCAUGUGUUUCCAUUAAAAUAAAAAAGGGGACAUCCAAUGUGAUGGGCCUGUAUCUAGGGAGCUAGGGAUGGUACAGAAUGCAAUAUCCAUUAACAUGACUCUGCAACGGAUAUGUACAAUACGUAUUUCAAUAAAUGAACCAUGACAUUUGUUACAUAGUUCAAAUAUAAUUCAACUCCUUAUUAUAUAGAUACCUUAUUGUCACUAAACAAAUCAGAAAGGUGUGUUUUUUUUUCAUUCUAUUUUUCCAAUCCCUUUGCCUGUGAUGUUUUCCACAUGGAGCCCCCAAUAAACUGCCCUCACUUGCGCCUUUAAAGCAAGCAGGGUUUUCCAAAAAAAAGGACAUCUGCUCCCCGUCCCCGGGUUUGAUGUCAGAUUGGUCUUGUUUGCGACUUUUGUUGUUCAUGUUUGUGGGCAUCUGUUUUGGGAACGAACAACUGUCUCCUCACAGUUCUUUGUAGACUCUCAUUAGCAUUUCCCAGUUUAAUUCUGUCAUCCUCCCCGAAUGAGUUACAACUCUCCUCCCUGAGGGCGUUUAUAGCCGAACAAACGGGUAGUUUUACGUGUCCUGACUGGGGUGAAAAUACGGGGAAUUUAGGUCUUCAUUAUACAACAAAGUAUUCAUAAACGUUUCAAUUAUCAUUAUGAGUGUGGUUAUUUGAGAGCACCACUACACCACUGUGUUCAGUUAUUGUAAAGCGGCUUUGUGUGUGUGUGAGGCGAGUGCAUAGAUUUAGAAACUACAAACACAUAUGGCUGCGUUAUUGAGUACACAAGGAUAACAGUCUGGAUGAAAAAUAAUAGAUAAUAACUAUAGAAUUCCUAGUACCAGUUCACAUAAUCUCCUUACCGCAUUACAAGGAAACAUUCUUUAUUCAAAAAAGCAGUUCACAGUCCAUCCACACAGUAAGAAUGUAGUGUGAUGGUAAAUUCCUCAUGUUUAAGUAUUGCAUGUGAACUGGUAAAUAAAAGUCUCCUAUUUAACAUCUACAUUAUGCGUGUGAACUGCCUGAAUUUCAAACGUUGUGUAUAUUCUCAGUGAGCGUUAUCUUCAGCAAGUAGCUGCUGUAUUCUCCUUGAAUUAUGUAAUGUUAUCAGGGCAGACUUUGUAUUUUUUCUCUUUGUAUUAUUUGUAUCCAUGCAGAGAACCAAGUGGAAACUGGAUAAGUAUUCCAUGUGUGCGUAAGUAUACGUGACCAGAAAAGCAGAUUCUGAUUGACGAGUGAAAGGUAAAAACGAUGUAAAAUACAAGGGACACAUCAAAUUGACUUUUCAAUACUAUUUUUUUACUGGUUUCCAGCAAAUUGCUCCAUCUGUAAACGCUGAAUGUCAAACAUUGUUGAAAAUAAUUAUCAAGAAAUGUGGAUGUCAUAAACAAUGACUACUUUUUUUUUUCUCCAAACCUUGAGCACCAGCCUCUCUAUGUAGAUGUGCCAUUAAAUGCUUGAAAUAACCCACAAAUAAAAUCAAUAUGCACUGCUA